AUGGCGAACAGGGGUUAUGAUGUUGUAGUCGAUGUGGAUGCAGAGGGUGACCUCGGCCACACCGACCUACAAGAGGACCUUGAAUUCCAUUCGUCCAACUUCGAAAACGACCAACGCACCGCAAAAGCCCACACUGACUCGGCUCCGUUCCUGGGCGGCUCCUCUUCCCGCCGCGACCGAUCCCCUGGCGGGACACCUACCAAGCACAGCUGGUGGUCAAUCCACUACUACGAGCGGUUCUUUGAUGUUGAUACAAAUGAGGUCUUCCGUCGUUGCGUGGCGACGCUGUACCCUCGUUCAAACUUCCUAGAUGUCCUUGAAGGGAACGCGGAUCUCUACGGCCCCAUCUGGAUCGCGACGACUGUCGUCGUAAUCCUGUUCCUCACUGGUACUAUCUCGCAGUGGUUAUCCAACAAUGACGAUAAGCACUUCGAGUACGAUUUUACGUUGCUGUCGGGUGCUGCGGGAUUGAUCUAUGGGUACACGGGCAUCUUGCCUAUUGCGCUAUGGGGAGCUCUGCGCUGGUUCGGGAGCUCGACGGCUGAUCUGAUCGAGUGUUGGGCUUUGUACGGGUACUCUAACCUGGUGUGGAUUGCUGUUGCGCUGAUUAGCUGGAGUCCGCUGACGGCGUUGAACUGGGCGCUUGUGGGCGUGGGCUUUGCUUGGACAGCAUUCUUCUUGCUGCGCAACCUUUACCCGGUGCUCAAUGCUACUGAUGCGAAGGCGAGCAAGAUUCUACUGGUAUUGGUUGUCUUGUUGCAUGCUGGCUUGGCUAUUGCGAUUAAGAUUCUCUUCUUUGCCCACGCGAGUCCCGUUUCUAAGAAGAAUAAGGAGACGGGCAGUGAUGAUAAUAACGAUAGUAUGCGCCGCAUGAUGUUCUGA